CCCACCGGGGCCGGGCUGGCUUAAGGCUCGCAGGCAGGGGCCGCGGGCGGGGGGGGCCGCCGUUAAGGCCGGGAAGCCCAUCGGGCCAGGGCGGGAGCAGACGUGGGCCCCGGCGGCCCCGGGCCCGGAGCGUGGGAGGGCCCUGCCAGGGCUGCCCACGGGGGGUGGAGCUGGGCGGGAGCCUCCUUCUUUGGAGCGCCGAGUGCCCUGUGCGUUCCGAGCAGUUUCUUUCAGGGGCUCGGAAACCGGGACGGGAUGAGGAGCCGAAGUAAUUCUGGCGUCCGGCUGGACGGGUACGCUAGGCUGGUGCAUCAGACCAUCCUGUGUCAUCAGAACCCAGUGACCGGUUUGCUUCCAGCCAGCUUUGAGCAGAAAGAUGCCUGGGUCCGGGAUAAUGUGUACAGCAUCUUGGCUGUGUGGGGCCUGGGCCUGGCCUACCGCAAGAAUGCAGACCUGGAUGAGGAUAAGGCAAAGGCCUAUGAGUUGGAGCAGAGUGUAGUGAAGCUAAUGAGGGGAUUGCUGUACUGCAUGAUCAGACAGGUGGAUAAAGUAGAAUCCUUCAAGUAUAGUCAGAGUACCAAGGAUAGCCUUCAUGCCAAGUAUAACACCAAAACUUGUGCCACAGUAGUGGGUGAUGACCAGUGGGGACACUUGCAGUUGGAUGCUACUUCCUUAUACCUGCUCUUCCUAGCGCAAAUGACUGCCUCAGGACUUCAUAUCAUCCACAGCUUAGAUGAAGUCAAUUUCAUACAGAACCUUGUGUUUUAUAUUGAAGCCGCAUAUAAAACUGCUGACUUUGGGAUAUGGGAACGUGGAGACAAGACGAAUCAAGGUAUUUCAGAACUGAAUGCCAGUUCAGUUGGCAUGGCAAAGGCUGCCCUGGAAGCAUUAGAUGAACUUGACCUGUUUGGAGUGAAGGGUGGGCCCCAGUCAGUUAUCCACGUCCUGGCUGAUGAAGUUCAACACUGUCAGUCUAUUCUUAAUUCUAUACUCCCCCGGGCUUCAACAUCUAAAGAGGUUGAUGCAAGUCUACUUUCAGUUAUUUCUUACCCAGCCUUUGCUGUAGAGGACAACCAGUUGGUGGAACUCACCAAACAGGAGAUUAUCACCAAGCUUCAGGGUCGUUAUGGUUGCUGUCGUUUUCUCCGAGAUGGAUAUAAAACUCCUAAAGAGGAUCCAAAUCGUUUAUACUAUGAACCAGCUGAACUGAAGCUAUUUGAAAAUAUUGAGUGUGAAUGGCCAUUGUUCUGGACAUACUUUAUCCUUGAUGGGAUCUUCAGUGGCAAUACUGAACAGGUUCAGGAGUAUAGAGAGGCUCUUGAAGCAGUGCUCAUCAAGGGCAAAAAUGGAGUGCUUCUUCUGCCAGAGCUGUAUAGCGUUCCUUUUGACAAGGUUGAUGAAGAAUAUCAAAAUCCUCAUACUGUGGACCGAGUGCCCAUGGGCAAAUUGCCUCAUAUGUGGGGCCAGUCUCUGUAUAUCUUAGGAAACUUGAUAGCAGAGGGAUUUUUAGCUCCUGGCGAAAUUGAUCCCCUGAAUCGUAGGUUCUCUACUGUACCAAAACCGGAUGUUGUGGUUCAAGUCUCUAUUCUAGCAGAGACAGAAGAAAUAAAGUCAAUUUUGAAAGACAAGGGAAUCGAUGUGGAAACCAUUGCUGAAGUGUAUCCCAUCAGAGUACAGCCAGCUCGUAUUCUCAGUCACAUUUACUCCUGCCUAGGAUGCAACAGUAGAAUGAAACUCAGUGGUCGACCAUAUAGACACAUGGGAGUCCUUGGAACUUCAAAACUCUACGACAUUCGGAAAACGAUCUUUACCUUCACUCCACAGUUUAUAGACCAGCAACAGUUCUACCUGGCUCUGGACAAUAAGAUGAUAGUGGAAAUGCUUAGAACUGACCUCUCCUACCUUUGUAGCCGCUGGAGGAUGACAGGCCAGCCUACCAUUACCUUUCCCAUCUCACACACCAUGCUUGAUGAUGAUGGAGUUAACUUGAAUUCAAGUAUCCUGGCAGCACUCCGAAAAAUGAAAGAUGGCUACUUUGGUGGUGCAAGGAUUCAAAUAGGUAAGCUGUCAGAGUUUUUGACAACAUCUUGCUGUGCACAUUUGAGUUUUAUGGACCCUGGACCUGAGAGUAAGCUUUACGGUGGAGAUGAUGAAUACAGCUAUAGCGAGCUAGAGCCUGAUGACUGGAUGAACAGCUGUGAUCCCACCAGUAACGCACGCUGUAGUGAUGAAGUUGCUCGGUAUAUAGAUCAGAUUUUAGCACACACGGCUCCCUAUCCUAAACAAGCCCCUGCUUUACGGAAGGAAAAGCUAGAUCGGUUCCGAAUUGCUGACCAACCGACGUGUGACUUAAUGUCCUUGGUAACUGAGAGCCAGAAGCUGCAUGUACAGAAUGUUAACAAGUAUGUUCCUACAAAGAUAUUUCAAUAUUCAUGGCCUUCAUUCAACUUGCUUGAUACUCCUGACUCCUCAUCAGAGAACCAGGUUCCCUCUAUUCAUGUAGAGCAACACCUUCCUAGGGAACAGUCUGGGGAGGUGGACUUCAGAGCACUGGUUGUACAGCUGAAGGAGACGUCGAGCCUGCAGGAGCAAGCUGAUAUCCUUUACAUGUUAUAUACAAUGAAAGGACCUGACUGGGACACUGGGUUUUAUGAUGAAGAAAGUGUGACAGUCAAAGAGCUACUAACUGAACUGUAUGGUAAAGUGGGGGAGAUUCGUCACUGGGGUCUGAUCCGAUACAUCUCUGGAAUCUUAAGGAAGAAGGUGGAAGCACUCGAUGAGGCAUGCACAGACCUUCUCUCCCACCAGAAACAUCUGACAGUGGGACUGCCUCCAGAACCUCGAGAAAAGACCAUCUCUGCACCUCUGCCCUAUGAAAUGCUUACGCAACUGAUAGAUGAAGCCAGUGAAGGGGACAUGAGCAUUUCGAUUCUUACACAGGAAAUAAUGGUGUAUCUAGCCAUGUAUAUGCGGACUCAGCCUGGCCUCUUUGCUGAAAUGUUUCGACUUCGAAUUGGUCUGAUCAUACAAGUUAUGGCAACAGAAUUGGCCCACUCCCUUCGAUGCUCGGCUGAGGAAGCCACAGAGGGUCUGAUGAAUCUAAGUCCAUCAGCCAUGAAGGAUCUCUUACAUCAUAUUCUCAGUGGCAAAGAGUUUGGAGUGGAACGGAGUGUUCGUCCCUCUGAUUCCACUAUCAGUCCUGCUAUUUCUAUCCAUGAGGUUGGUGCUGUUGGGGCAACCAAAACAGAACGAACUGGGAUCAUGCAGUUAAAAAGUGAGAUGAAGCAGGUGGAUUUCCGUAGACUGUCUGUCUCAACUGAGAGUCAGUCACCUGGAACCUCUGUGACUCCAAAUAGUGGGUCCUUUCUUAGUGUAUAUGGUCAAUUCUCAUCUAAAGAUACUUCUAAAGAUACUCGUCAAGGUCAGUGGCAGCGCCGAAGACGGCUGGAUGGAGCUCUGAACAGAGUCCCAAUUGGAUUUUAUCAAAAAGUGUGGCAAAUUUUGCAGAAGUGCCACGGACUUUCUGUGGAAGGUUUUGUUCUUCCUUCUUCAACCACUAGAGAGAUGACACCAGGAGAGAUUAAAUUCUCUGUUCAGGUGGAAUCUGUCCUGAAUCGUGUACCUCAGCCAGAGUACCGGCAACUUCUAGUUGAAGCCAUCCUUGUCCUUACCAUGUUGGCAGACAUUGAAAUUCAUAGCAUUGGAAGCAUCAUUGCUGUGGAAAAGAUAGUGCAUAUUGCCAACGACUUGUUCCUUCAAGAACAGAAAACCCUCGGCGCAGAUGAUAUCAUGUUGGCAAAGGAUCCUGCAUCUGGCAUCUGUACUCUUCUGUAUGACAGUGCACCCAGUGGCAGGUUUGGCACCAUGACCUACCUCUCCAAGGCAGCUGCCACCUACGUGCAGGAAUUCCUGCCCCAAAGUUUAUGUGCCAUGCAAUGAGGCCUUUGAGCCCUGGCUGCUGGGGGGCUUUUGAAAGCUGGUCCCUGCCUUAGUUGGUUGUACAACUUAAAUGUGACUACCUGAUCACUCCCACCCUGCCCCCUUUUCCCCAUCCCCCUACACACUGUACUGGUAAACUAGUUGCUUUAGAAGAAGUGAACCCUCGCCUGGAAACUGAUGCUCACACAGGUGUUUCAGUACGGGCCUGCAUUUUUUUCAUGGUUCAUAGAAGUUUGCAUGCAUUUUCACUCUCUCCAUCUCAAACUGUACUAUAAAGCAGUAGCAAUUAAAACAGCAUAGUAUUGGGCUAGAAGCAAACCUUCUAAACUAAGCUACCAGCUUAGUUUUCUAACUCCUGUCUCGGGAGAAGGUACUAAUGAUAACUUACUCUAAAAGUUUGGUUUUUCUUAUAUUGGCUACAUUGUAUGUUUAAGGGUGUGAGGGCUGGGACAUUAUCUCAAGUGAGGAAACUCAAAAUUAUUGGAUUUUUAUGCUGCUAUAAAUUGGAAGUUGUAUUCUAAGUGCCUUAUCAUUGGAAAUGAAAGUGCUCAUGGGUCCCUUUUAUACUCACAUGUGGCCUCAUACUGAGUAGUAGCCUCGCAACUGUGUAGAAUUACUGUCAUCACACAUAUUCUCAUUUUUUGGCAUAUUUCUUACUCUCCCUCUGAUUAUUGAUGAAGCAUCAAUAAAAGCACAUACGAUGUGUAUAUUUAAGGAUUUCUGUAUUAACACUGGAAAUAAUACUUUAUGAAGAUUGUUCGGUUUUCAGAUAUAUUUGCAAUAGAAAAUGUAUAAUAACCCAGAGAAAUGGAACAUGGAAUUUAGUCAUUUUCAGAGAGAAAGAUAGACAAAAAAGGAGAUCUCUGGUUAGUGUCUUGUCUUUUAUCUAAGAGAGCAGUGAGGGAAUCAAAAAAUGGAGAGCUGUAUCCCAAUUUGUACUUCUGAAGAGUGGUGCAACAUACACACACACACACACACACACACUACAUAGAAUCAACUUUCUAUUUUUGGCAAAGAGCAGUCCAGCUAUUGAAUCUAUAGCUGUUCCACUAACCACUCUUUCUUUAUCCUUAUCUGAAUCUGUCUCAAUUCCCUACUCAAUUCAGUAUGCAAUCCCCCUUCCCAAAUUCCCUGUCCUCCCAUUUGUUCAUAAAUGCUUUCACUUAUAUUUCCACUUCCUAAUUCUAGUACUCAUAUCCAUGUGUACCUUGGAACCUGUAUAAAUAACUGCAUUUUUGUAUGUCUCUAAGAACACAUGAAAAUUUUUCUGAAAGUAAGUUAUUUUUAUGUGUCUGUAUAUCUAUAUGUAUCUGUAUUUGAUGCUCUGGGUUGGCAUGUAAAUGCAAAUGUGUGUGAGCGGGAGAUGUACCUGUAUCCUUAAGUUGACACACAAAUAUUAGUGGAAGAAUCCUGAAGUCCUUUUCAUUUGUCCCGUGUGUAGAUUGUUUUUCCUCUCUGUUUAAGUCAGUUUAGGAAGCUAUAAUAAAAAUACUAUACUCUCUGUUCCUUAAACAACAGCAAUUUAUUUCUCAUGAUUCUGGGGUCUGUGAAAUCUAGGAUUGAGGUACCACCAGAUUCUGGGUGGUUGGGUGAGGGCUGUGUUCCCAGUUUGCAAGCAGCUGCCUUCCUGCUGUAUCCUGCUAUAUCUCCACAAGAGAGAGCACUUAGGUCUUUCUCUCUUCUUAUGCAUAUGAAUUCCAUGGGGGGGGUGCUUUACCUUUAUGACUUUAUAUAAUCCUAAUUACCUUCCAAAGGUCCCACUUCUGAAUGCCAUGAUAUCAGGGGAUUAAGAAUUCAACAUUAGAAACUUUGGCCACACAAACACUCAAUUCAUAGCAAUUUCCUUCACCUGGUUUUUCUGUAAACUUAGCAAAUUUCACUGUUUUCACUCAGUUAACUCCUACUACAGUCCUCUCAGUUCUCUCCAGUUUGGGGCGGUUAUAGAUGAUUUCUCAAAAAAAUGGGGAUGGGUGAUUCUUUAAAUAAAUCUUAAUUAGUCAAUGACUAUCUUAUAAAUCCCCUUGAGUAAGUAAGCACUGGAUGUAGGGUAAUAGAAAAUAGAUAAUGAACACAAAGAGAAGAUGAUCAACCUUUUCAGUAACUCCCUUGAACCAAAUGGAAACACACAGUAAGUAGCUUACUGAUUAUGUGAGUUUUACUAAAACUGUCUUUUCACUGGAGUAUGCACAAGUAUGCAAGUAUAUACAACUUUGAGGAAAAUAUCUUGAGUUACUUGAGGAAAAAUCACCACUCUCUCCCACAUUAGUUUUCUUGAACUGACACUGGUGAUUCUGUUUCUCUGGGUUUUAGCAAAAUAUCUGUCACUGUGUUCCCCUUACAGUACUGUUUUAAAGUGCCUUUUGAGAAAACUCAAUUCAUAUUUUGUGAUUUUUAGAUAUUAAAAGAUGUGUUGGAUAAAAGCGGCAAUGCGUUGGAAACAAUAAAGAAUUAGAAUUUCUAAUUAAAUCAUGUGUGGUGCCAAUUUGUAAAAUUUUAUGUGUGUUUUUUACUGUCAUUUAUUUUAUGACUAUAUCUACCACAUUUAAUUAUACAGUAGAGUCAGUGUUCAUUAAUUAGGUCAA